AUGGCUAUAAAAGAAACAAUUGGAAAAGUUACCAGUGACAAAAUGCAUAAAACUAUUACUGUUGCUGUAACUAAAAAGGUUGCACAUAAAAAAUAUAAUAAAAUUAUUAUUAAAACAAAUAAAUAUUAUGCACAUGAUGAAAAAAACGAAUGUAAACGAGGAGAUGUUGUAAAAAUACAAGAAACAAGACCUAUCAGUAAAAAUAAACGCUGGAAAUUAAUAAGUAAAAUUACAAAGUAA